AACACCACAGUAACCUGCCUUACCUAGAGUAGACACUUUUACCAAGCUAUGCCUUGGGUAGGGGGGAAUUUGUCGUCCGUUUGAUUUUCGUUGAUUUUAUGAUUUACAUUUUUGUGUGCAUGUGUCAUAACCCGAGGAUGCUUGCUGAUAUUAUUCUUUGUUUUUGUUUGCUGGUCGGUUAGCGUAUUUUACAGUACAGUACAGUACAGUACAAGACAACAACCGGGUAGACAGCAAGCCCCCCCGAUACGACUUGGGGAGUCAGGAACAGCCCACAAUUGAAGAAAACCCAGUGACGGUCCGUCACCGAAUCCUUGUGCUGGCGCACAAAUCCUCUAGAACAUCCUUCAAAACGUACCAGGCGAGCGAUGUUGCAGCUGGCGUUUGUUACCGACUCAUCAGCGCAUGCUGCGGUUGUGCCGCUUUCAACAACACCACCCUCGUAGUAAUCGAGCGAGAGAGAAAGAAGCGCUGUUGUUGCUUUGCAGUGAGUGCUUGACAGGGGGACCGUCGUGUGCUCAGCACAGCAAAGCUCAGCGCGACCACGGUAACAUUUUCUCUCCCUACCAAACAAAAAUCUUUGAUGGCUGCCAGAGGCGCAGACACGACAAUGUCAGGCUGGUCAGGGUACGAGUCGGACGAUGUUUAUGCGGCAGACGGAGAGGAGGGCACCAGCAAAAUCAGCACAGCCAACAAUAAUGCUGUCCGGUCUAGGUCCAAACGACGAGUCCUCCGCACCGCGACGACGGGUGCAAAUCAGGAUGGAAUCGCAGCUGCCAAUUCAGACUCUGGCCCUGGUAUUGUCGCUGCAGUAGUUUUACCUCCUCGGGGCUCCAGCCUGACUGGCAACAGCUCCAGCCGUAGCGAGCAGAUGUUGCAGCACCACCAGCAACCUCAGCAGUACCAAGCUCAGCAGUACCAGUACCAGUACCAGCAGCAACAGCCCCAGCCCCAGUACCACACCCACUGGCACGCCAACGCCAACCUUCUGCGACAGCGACCCACGACGAAACAGGCGAACGCCUCAGAAAUGCCAGGGCAGCCCCACGAGUCAACCAUUCAUGUCCUUGCACGGGGCUUCCAUCAGCAACCUUUGCAUUCUCGGCAUGGCUAUUCUGAUCGUGACGGCGACUCCUUUUUGUGUCAAGAUGUAUUCACGUCAUCCGAUGGGCACCCGACUCAAUUCAAAUCGCCGCCGCCGCCAUUGACAAUACCUGCGUCGCCGCCAAUAUCACCCGAAUGGCCCUCCCUCACCGGCGUCAGCAAUAAUUCUUUUGGGGGCAGCAUUACCUCGACCACCACCAAUACGUCCUGCGAAGCCCCAAUUCCCACCUCUUCUAGGUUCAACAACACCGUGAGAUCCCCUACUACUUCGUCUACCUCCUUGUCAGCGCCAACAACGCCGCUGCAAUCCCCAACCCGAAAAUCAUUCUCCUCCUAUCACUCCCAAACCUCGUCCCGUUUCCCUGGUCUCAGCUCCCAUCCUCCAAUUUUCGAUUCGGCUGCACCGGUGCACCCGUACCAAAGAUCACUGCAGCCUUCGUCCCCAGGCAUACCCGAGUUCCCAGAUCUCGAGCAGGAAGACCUUGACACCCGUAGACCGAAUACGGCUGCGCCUGCCUCCAGCCCCCAAAGCCCCUAUUUUACUUCUACGUCAGCAAAUCAGCCACACGGUCCUGUCCCAUAUCGUCCAAGCACGCCACCUUCGUCCCGGCCGUCUAGCAGCCGAGCGGGAGAGGACCCAACAAUGGCCGUUGAAAACUUCUCACGGCCUCGCAAGCCGAGCGUCUCUCGGCCCAACAUGCAGACGCUGCCGUCCAAUCCCCGCCCUCUCGGACACCUCGAUCAAGACGAGCCCUACAGUGGCAAUAGCCAAAUACAUGCCCCUCAAAUGGCGGCUUGGCCACGGCAGAGAGGCCCGUCUGUCUCCUCCACCAAGUCCGCCGCGACAUAUUCCUCGAUACCGAGCACCCGUACCCGGCCUUCCAACGACCGCCUCAAUGUCGCCUACCGAACGAUGCCCCGCACGCCAACGACGACACUAACCGCACCCGGCCCUAGCUCAAAUGGCAUGAUAUCUCCGGGCCUGUCGAGGCCUCAGAUGGCAUACAGGCGUGAGGACAGCAAUGGUUCAUUGAAGAAGCAACCGAGUCUGACCGGCCAUGGCAGAGAAGCUGCACCGUGGACUGUUGAUGAGGAGGAAAUGCGUUCAAGUUACCGGUCUCAGCUCACAGGCUCCACGACACAGGGGACCAUGUACUCCAAUGGUGGAACCGAGAGGAGUAGUAUACACACAAAGAGCAGCUCUAAAACGUCAAUCUCCGUGUCUGGGCACGGCCAUGGCACGGAUGACAACGGACUGAGCGUAGAGGACGUGAUGGGCAUGUACGAGAAGGGAUUUGCGGACUCGACAGGUGCCGAGGAUAACGAUAUGGACAGCCCCAGAAGGGGCAACAGCGUCCGGAAUCGUAGCCGCUCGACUUCUUACUCCCUAUCUCACUCAAGGAAUUCUUCGAGGACUAAUGGCAACGUUGGAACGCAAAUUCGCGAGGCUAUGGAUGAUUCCUUGCCGCUACCGGGCAAGGUACUGGCAGCAAACAAUGCCGAUGGGCCAUUGUUUGUCCGGGACUCGGCGGCUUUCUUCAGGAACUCGGGGCUUCCGCAAACCGACUCUGAAGCUACAGACCCUGACCAAACAGCAUUCGGUGAACCUGUCAGGCAGAUUCCGCAACAGGAAACCGAUUCAUCCAGCAGUAAACACGAUUCUGCCAAGCUUCUGGAUACUGACGACAACUCCAUGAUUGGACGAAACGUCAGCACCAAGUCGACGCAUACACACAGAUCCACUCCGUCAUUAAGCAAAGGGCCUAGGACCUCGGUGUCGAGCCCAGAUCUCACAACCGUCCUCUCCAACAACGAGCCACCGCUUCCUACAGCCGUACAGACGGAAACAUCACCUAUAACGUCCACCAAUACGAACAACCAACUUUUCUCCGCACCCGAGGAAGAUGAUCCUUCCGCCCGGGACCGGUAUGGCUUCCGAAAACAGAACCAGUACAUCUCGCGCGAGCAGUAUGAUGCCUGGAACACACAGUACAGCGUGUACCUUGCUCGCAGGAAAAAGAAGUGGGCGGCGUACCUCAAGGAUUCCGGCUUGAUUGCGGACCAACCCGAUAGGUUCCCCCCGCCCACUGCUAAAACUAAGCGUUUUAUUCGCAAAGGUAUCCCGCCAGAAUGGCGGGGCGCAGCAUGGUUCUAUUACGCGGGAGGACCAAGCAUUCUUGCGAAGCACGCCGGUGUCUACCACGACCUUAUCAAGCGGUCUCAGAAACCAGGCGAGCCGAAGGAGGUCGACGUCGAGGCCAUAGAGCGUGAUUUACAUCGCACGUUUCCUGAUAAUGCGAGCUUCCGAUUCUCGACCGCGGAACCCGAAGACAGCGAAGGUACUGAGAGCGGGACUGGAGAACCCAAGAUCAUCAGUAGCUUGCGAAGGGUACUGCUCGCUUUCGCCAUCUAUAACCCUCAGAUCGGAUAUUGCCAAAGCUUGAACUUCCUGGCUGGCCUGUUGCUGUUGUUCGUGGAAACAGAGGAGCAGGCUUUUUGGCUGCUCAACGUCAUCACCAUCGUGCAUUUGCCAGGAACCCACGAGAUGUCGCUCGAGGGAUCCAAGGUUGACUUGGGAGUGCUCAUGGGGGCCGUUAAGGACUCCAUGCCCGGGGUAUGGGCCAAGGUUGGCAGCGAACUCGACGGCGAAGCCCCUCGUCCGCAAACCCAAGGCAACGGCUCUGCCAAGGCCAAGAAAUCGUCGCGGAAAAUGGGUAAGGGCGCCGCUGUCGCGCCAUCCGAUCGCCUUCCCCCAAUUACAUUGUGCAUGACGGCGUGGUUCAUGUCGUGCUUCAUCGGCACCCUGCCGAUAGAGACGACGCUACGUGUCUGGGAUAUUUUCUUCUACGAGGGCAGCCGGACUCUGUUCCGCGUGGCGCUGGGUAUCUUCAAGUUGGGCGAGAACGAGAUCCGCGCAGUUCAGGACCCCAUGGAAAUGUUUGGCGUUGUUCAAGCACUGCCUCGCAGGCUGCUUGACUGUAACUUGGUCGUGGACGCCACCUUCCGGAGACGCAACGGCUUUGGGCACCUGAGCCAGGAAACUAUUGACGAGCGGCGUUCUGAAAGAAAAGAGGCACUCAAAGAGGCCAGGAGAAUCGAAACCGAAGGUGUCAACACGGCCGUAAGCGACGGAGCCGCUGGUGUGAAGAGAAAAAACACCCUUUUUGGACGAAGAAAACACAAAGAAGCCCCGUGAACAACGGAGAGAAAGCGACCGCCGGAUCUGGAAACAGUCAAGGCCACCAUCGGCCCUCGACUAUUUCAAGUCGACAAAAACAUAAAUGAAAAAAAAAGCAAGGUUGCAUCGGAAACCCUUGCAACAAAGCUUACAGAAUACAUCUACUUCCCCUUUGUCAUGAUAUAUACAUACUUCCAACAUCUCUUCACUGCUCGACUAUCAGCAUUUUCUUUGUCAUCUUUUAGCGAAUCAUGCAUCAUCUCAUCAACCGGCUGGGAAAAAAAGGCCCUGGAUGGGGCUCAUCGGAAGGAAUACUGCAUUUUUUUAUUGAAUUUUCUCGAUACCAAUAGCAUCUAAAGAUCGCACCUUUUUAAAUUGAUACGAUUAGUCCAAGCUUCUACUGCUUUUCCUAUUUGUAACCUUGGCUACGCCUGUAUAUAACAAACCCAUAAAUAUACGUCGAACUUUGCACCA